GCGGGACCUGGGCCGAAGGAGGCGGCCACUCCGCGCAGAGCCGGACGCCCGGCCCAGGACCCAGCGGCCACCUUCCCCUCGUCUCGUCUGUGGCACGGAACACUUCCCUCCCCCAGGGUCGUCGUCAGGCGUCCGGCUUCCUUGGCGGCCUCCCGCCCCGUCGGGUCGUCGGUCUUUGUUCCGGGCUGCCACUGAGCUACCCACCCCCCAGGUUUCUCCCUGGUUCCGUAAAGCCUCAAGGCCUUCACCAUGGAUUUCCAGCAUCGACCUGGGGGGAAGACGGGGAGUGGGGGUGUGGCCUCCUCCUCUGAGAGCAACCGUGACCGCAGGGAGCGCCUCCGGCAGCUGGCUCUAGAAACCAUUGACAUUAACAAGGAUCCAUAUUUUAUGAAAAAUCACCUGGGAUCGUAUGAAUGCAAACUCUGCCUGACUCUGCACAACAAUGAGGGCAGCUACCUUGCGCAUACCCAGGGGAAGAAGCAUCAGACCAACUUGGCUCGGAGAGCAGCCAAGGAGGCCAAGGAGGCCCCUGCCCAGCCAGCGCCAGAGAAGGUCAAGGUGGAGGUGAAGAAGUUUGUGAAGAUCGGCCGCCCAGGCUACAAAGUGACCAAGCAGAGGGACACAGAGAUGGGCCAGCAGAGCCUCCUGUUCCAGAUCGACUACCCGGAGAUCGCCGAGGGCAUCAUGCCUCGCCACCGCUUCAUGUCUGCCUACGAGCAGCGGAUUGAGCCUCCGGACCGGCGCUGGCAGUACCUGCUCAUGGCUGCCGAGCCCUAUGAGACCAUCGCCUUCAAGGUACCUAGCCGAGAGAUCGACAAGGCUGAGGGCAAGUUCUGGACUCACUGGAACAGGGAGACCAAGCAGUUCUUCCUUCAGUUCCACUUUAAGAUGGAGAAGCCUCCGGCCCCACCCAGCCUCCCUGCAGGGCCUCCAGGGGUGAAGCGGCCUCCACCCCCGUUGAUGAAUGGUCUGCCUCCUCGGCCACCACUGCCAGAGUCCUUGCCCCCGCCUCCACCAGGAGGCCUGCCCCUGCCACCUAUGCCCCCCACUGGGCCUGCACCCUCCGGGCCCCCUGGGCCUCCCCAGCUGCCCCCACCAGCUCCCGGGGUCCAUCCUCCAGCACCAGUGGUCCACCCCCCUACGUCUGGAGUUCACCCCCCUGCUCCUGGGGUCCACCCUCCAGCUCCCGGGGUCCAUCCCCCGGCACCAGUGGUUCACCCACCAACAUCUGGGGUCCACCCCCCUGCUCCAGGGGUCCACCCCCCAGCCCCUGGGGUCCACGCCCCAGCCCCUGGGGUCCACCCCCCAGCCCCUGGGGUGCACCCCCCAGCCCCAGGUGUGCACCCUCCAGCCCCAGGUGUGCACCCUCCCCCAACGGCUGGGGUUCACCCCCAGGCCCCAGGGGUACAUCCACCUGCUCCUGCCGUUCAUCCUCAGGCACCGGGGGUGCACCCACCGGCCCCUGGGAUACAUCCCCAGGCACCAGGGGUCCACCCCCAGCCCCCUGGGGUUCAUCCUGCAGCUCCUGGGGUCCACCCUCAGCCUCCUGGAGUUCACCCGUCAAAUCCUGGGGUGCACCCCCCAGCUCCUAUGCCUCCGAUGUUGAGGCCCCCUCUCCCCUCGGAAGGCCCAGGGAACAUCCCUCCCCCACCCCCAACCAACUGAAAAGCUGCCCCCCCUUGUGUAUCUGGUGUCCCCUUUCUCCCUGCUUUCCCACAGGAAGGCGUCAUGAGCUUUUGUACUUACUGUUCCCGGAGCCCAUUAAACAGCUUCCCCCUGUC